GGAGUUUAAAAGGAAUAUACAGAAAACCUAACAAAAGCUGAAAAUGGAGACUGAACUAAACAAAACACACACAUCUCUGUUUACAAAUUUAUGUAAUGCCAAUUUUGUAAGUACAUUAAGUUUAAAAGUUUCCAUUUGCCUUGCAUUGCGCUCGUGCACGUGGUUUUAAGUUAAAACUUGAAAAGGUUUAUUCUAUCAUGGAAACCAGAAAAGAUAGUGACAACGGUAUGACUGAAAAGCAGCUGCAUUAUAAUGCAGAGUCUGUGGACAAACGACCCCCAAAACAAAUUCUUUGUUCCACAACUGAAGAGAUCAGUACGGAUUUAAGUGAUGAAUCUGCAGUUAUGAAAAAUGAACAUUGUUUCAAGGAAACAGGAGUGAAAUAUCGAAAUGGAAAUGAAAAAACAUUAGCUAUGAACAAGGAGGAAAGGGAAGACAUAACUGAUUUUCAAGAGAAAACAGAUAAAAUAGAUGGAUUUUGUGAUAUCCAUUGUGAUGAUUACUGUAACGUUGGAUCUGUAACAUUGGAGCAGCAACGUUGGAGCAGCAACGGUAUUGCAAAUCCUACAGAUAACACUCAGCCCAGUGCUGAAUCUAAUGAAACAAACAAAGACAACGAGAAAGAUGGUCUUAAGAAGGAAAGUUCACAGAAUAACAUGAGUAACAAACCUUUAUCUGACCACAGAUUUAAACAGACAGUAGUAUUUAGAAUUAAACAUACCAGUAUGACAUUGUUUGAUUGUAAAUCCAUGACUUAUGUUGGAAAGAAAUCGGAUGAAACAAUGCAUUGGCUGUUUACAUUGAAUUUUGAGUAUAUGCUUAACAGUACUGUAUUUGCCCUAGGCUAUCUUCCGCAGCAAAGAACCAUUUAUCUAUGGGAUACAAGUGAGAAACUGUUAAGAAUCCUAGAUGACGAGUUCAUGAGGCGAAUACAUCUCGAAACGGAGCAUUUUAGAUUAGCUACAUUAAGCCUUUGUACUCGGUUGUUUUUCUGUGAAGUCAGAAGCAUGCAUCUUGCUGAAGAAGGGUUUUUCUGUGACCGUGAUAAUCAAGUAAAGUGUUUUUCAUGUGGUGUCAUAUUUGAUACGGAAAAUACAGACCAACGUCAUCACUAUGACAACUGUCGCGCCACCGAAGAUUCGUCUGAAACAAUUGCAGAUAAUUAUGGGGCAACCGCAGUUACCAACUUCAUGCUUGGAAAUGCACCUGUACAAGAGGAAAGGGAAAUAUCUUUGCGUCCACGAGAUAAUGGCGAGCGGAUGAGAUUAGGAAACACAGCUUUUAUGCAUCAGACAAUGCAGGAAUCACAGCCUUCAACUACAAGCGGUGCCUUGGUAAGUUCACCGAGCGUGGGAAAUGUGAGAGAACCUGACCUAUUACAAACGGAUACCUUCCCAGUACCAUGCAUUGUUCAACAACCUCGAACAGUUAGCCAACCAGUCACAGUACCGACGAAUGAUUACUGUGUGACACGCGGAGGUACUUUAUCUACUGUAAGACCACAUAUAUCUUUGCUAAACACCGCCAUAGGAAAUGGCGCGACGUCUGCUACUAACACAAUUUCUAUAGCCAACAGCGGAAGGGAGUCUCCCUCUUAUUCUUCACAUUCAGUUGUCUCGGCAACGCUUCCCACAACAAGUUCAACAAAUGUUCAUUCAAAACCACCUUUGUUAAAUGCUGAGAGUAAUUCAAACACAAGAAGUAGGCCAGGCGAAGAUACCGCGAAAAAAUCAAAAACAGUUCAAAGAAAAGCUGAUGGUAUCAACAUUGUAUCAGGGAGAGAAAAGAGCACUUCGGCGCCAUCUGGAAGGACCAGUGCCGAUCGGGUGAAUGUUGAAUUAGAGGGGGCAGACAUCUCGAGACUAGUCAGUACCGUUGUCACAAAUAAGAAACCAGAUGCUGAACAUUCCACUGCAGUGGAAGGUACGAUGGCAGCAAGGAAGCCAAAAUUUAAAAUGUCACGCUCUGACACAGCUUCAACACCAAGAUCGGAAUCACAAUCAAAUCCCUCAGGUCAAGCAAAUAAAGCAGCAUUGCAAUCAUAUCCCAUAUGUCAAGCCAAUAAAGUAGUAUCAAGAAUUGAAAAGGAAUCCACUAGAAAAAUCUUCCCUGAAGAUAGAGUGUUACCCAUACCCCUAAAUGACUGCAACAAACAAAUACCUGUACAAUUUAGUAUAGAUAAUAAUCGCCUUCAGUCUAGGACUGACACGGAAACGGCCGCAUCUGGACUUUGCAUGAAAAGUGAAGAAGAUGAAAGAGAUAUGUGCAGAACAGUCUAUUCGACCCUCGAAGAAAGAAUUUUUUCUUUUCACCGAUGCGAAACAGUUAUCUUUGAACAAACGCCACAAGCAAUGGCUUUAGCUGGACAGUUUUACACUGGUGAGAGGGACGUCACAAAAUGCUACAUGUGUGGUGGUUCCCUGUCUGAAUGGGAAAGAGAUGAUGAUCCUACUGAAGAGCACGCGAAGUGGUUUCCUAAUUGUUCUUUAUCAAAAAAGAAGUAGUUUGAAAUACCUACUGUGCGUGUCGUUUAAGUGUUGAAUUUCCGAUUUUGAAUUCGAAUAUCUUCGUUUUUGAAUCAUAAGAUGAUGACGACAAUUGUCUGAUAACAUAUGUGUUGAAAAUUUCUUGUCAACAUAUUUGACUUUUUUGUACAUUAGUAAUGUUAGAAUGGCUGGCUGUAAACAAUUAGUUUAAACAUUUAUGUUAAUUUAAAUUAAUAAUAUGUAGUUUUGUGUUUCCGUUCUUGCAUCGCAUACCACAAUGUUGGAGAGUACUUUCAUAAAAACCGUUCUCAACUUAUGAAAAUAUUCAUACAUUUUUUUCUGUGUUUCAUUUUCAAUUUCUUUCUUUUGAUAUACAGUCAUAAAUGGUUUAGCUCUGUAAUAUUGCAUCUAAUUAUGAUUUUUCACUUUAUUUACUUUAUACAAUUGAGGUAAUAAUAUGUUUAUCAAUUAUUCGAAUAGUAGCCAUACUGUUGCAUCUAACGAUACACUAAUUGUAUACACUUUGAUUGUGAACAUUAUUUAUCUUGUUUGACUAAAUGACUUAUAGUCUCACUUGGCUGGUUCCUUGCUUUCAUGCUUUUGAAAUUUUAUGUUUAUAUGUAAUGUAUAUAUCAAUGUAAUGAAAUAUGUAUUUACUUAUUAACUAGCUUUUUUACUAACAUGAAAACGACCACGAUUAUCGAUCCCAAUAUUUCAUGCAAUUUUUCCCUUGUACGAAAGCAUAUAUAGACUAAAGUACAUUUUUACAUUUAUCAUUCCAUGACAUAUACAUUCCUGGUUUGAAAUAUCAUAUUACUUACAAGUAAAGGCACACUUGUUUAUAUCAUAACAUUUGUAAAUGACGGUUGUAACUUUUGAACCACUAAUAUCCUUUUUGACCCAGUGUGAUCUGUCUUUCAAAAAGAGGUAUCAAAAAAGUAUAACAUAUAGGUUUGAACAUCAAAAAGCAAAUAUGGCUUCAACAUUUUGGAAAUUCUAGAUUAUUUCUAUAAUUAAGAAAUAAUAAGUUCCCAAACGUGGUUUAUCAUAGAAUAACCCGAGUUUUGAGUUCUUAUGCGUAAGAAUAUAUCACGAAGGCCGUAAGCCUGAGUGAUAUAUUGUUCCGCAUAAGAAAGAAAAACUCGGGUUAUUCUACGAUAAAUCACACUUCGGAACAUAUUAUUUCGAUUCUAACACGACGUACUACUAUCAACAGUGUUACAAAACAAUGGUAACUACUUUUAACGACCGUGCUGCGCACCUGGAUCGGAUGACGUCAUUGCACGCGAGUGGUUUAUUGCAGAAUAACCCGGGAUAGAUUUUGCUACAUGUAUGUAGGUUAUUUGCUGGUCGUGUUAGAAUCGACAUUAUACCCACAAAAGCGUAGUUAUCACACUAAACUCUGGACUUUUAGUUUUUAAAUGAAUUUGAAAGAAAGAUUAUAUAGAAAUGAAAUUGUAUAUACUAAUGACAAAGACUGUUUGGUCAAAAUUAGUUAAAAAAAAAUAGAUAGCUUUAUGUAUGUAGAACAGUUUGUUUUUGUAUGUAUACAAUUGUUUAGCUUUUUGAAGUUUGAGGUGAAUGCAUUAUUAAAACGUGACUUCCUACUAGAUUUUAUUGUGAUCUUUGGAUGACAAAGAGCAUUAUUGUAUCAGGUAGAGAUUCGUAUUGAUGUGGAUAUAGCAUUUCACAUGUCAGUUUCGUUCGUAACAAUUAAACGCUGAAUAAAGGACAGGGAUGUUUAGAAAUUUGAUUUAUUUUUGUUUUAAAAUGUCAAUAUCCACCAAACACUCAGGAAGCAUUUUAACUGUUUUCACAAUACAUUUUUGGCAAAUUUAUCAUAAGUUUAUUUCAGGACUUAAAAUAUCUCUUUUAAAGUUCCUGGUAAAGGAAUUAGAUUUUGCUGACAGUAGCAGAAUGAUUAUAUUUAGUCUAAGAGAAUAAUGAAUUUUAAAUAUAAUUAUUUCUUUAGUAUCAGUAAAUUUGUUUGUUAUGUACGAGUAACGUAGUCCCAGGUUAAAAUGCAAUAUCUGGUGUGUGGAGAAAGUUGGUGUUAAUCUUACAUGAAAAAGAAAUUUUUCGUUUUAUUUCACGCCAGUCACUUUUUACUUAUUUUGCCUGCACAACAUCAGGCGCAAUAUGUCUAAGAUUAACUGCUUGCAUAUUAUAUGAUUGUACAUUUUUAUGUAAUUAUAAUUAUAUACAUUUUGGCAGUUACAAUAUUUUUGUAUUUAUUCUUUAUGAGAAUUCUCGGUUAUUAAUGUUCUUCCGAGUUUUUAAAGUAGAGUGCCAUACUAUUAAACAUAUUUAAUUACCAAAUAUAAUUAUGUUACUGAUCAAAGACAUAUUUCUUUAAUGAAAUAUUUAUUUACUUACAUACUUACUAACUUGCUUAUUUGCAUGAAAACAACCACGACUCUCGACACUAAUAUUUCAUGCAUUUUUCCCCUUGUACGAUAGCAUAUAUAGUACAUUUUUACAUUUAUCAUUUCAUGACUCUUUACAGAGAAGAUACGCUUUCAUUGUUUGAAUUAUCAUAUUACUUAUGAUUAAAGGCACACUUGUUUAUAUCAUAAUUUUUGUAUAUGACUGCUUUUUAAGAAUGUCUAAUAUUUCGGAAUUGAUAUAUUAAGUUGCAUACUUGAAAAUAUGACAACGUUUGUUAUUCUAUUUUUAUGCUGUCGUCAUGAAGGUUGUAAUAUUUGAACGAAUAAUAUCGUUUUUUGGCCCAGUGUAAUUUGUGAUUUUCCUCUCAAAAAGAGGUAGAAACAAGUAUAACAUAUAGGUCUUAACAACAAAAAGCAAAUAUGGCUUCAACAUUUUGGAAUUUCUAGGUUUAUUGUUUAAUCAAAAUAUACCCACAAAAGCAUAGUUAUCACUCUCGUCUCUGGACUUACGGUUAUUGUAUGAUUUUUAAAAAGAGACAUAUUACAUAGAAGUAAAAUUGUGUAUACUAAUGAAAAACACUGAUUGAACACAAUUAGUUAUAAAGUAAAUAGAUGUACAUAUGUAGAGUAAUGUAUAUACUAAAGUUUGUUGGUGUAUGUAUACUAUGGUUUAGAUUUUUUGAAGUUUGAUGUGGCUGUUAUUAGAACGUAACUUUUCCUUCUGGAUUUUAUAAUGAUCUUUGGAUGACGAAGAGCGUUAUUGUGUAAGGUAGAGAUUCGUAUUGAUGCGGGUGUAGCAUUUUACAUGUCAGUUUCGUUGUACAUUCUUAACAAUUAAACUGUUAAAACAUCAUUUUGAAUAAAGGAAUCAAGGCUUUAGGAAUUCGACUGACUUUUAUUUUGAAAAUAUCAUUUUCUACCAAACACUAAGAAAGCUUCUUACCUUUUUUCAUGUAAGAAAAACCUAAUGCGGGUGUAGAAUUUUAUAUGUCAAUUUCGUUGUACAUUCUUAACAAUUAAACUGUUAAAACAUCAUUUUGAAUCAAGGAAAAGGGGUUUUAGGAAUUCGAUUGACUUUGAUUUUGAAAAUGUCAUUUUCCACCACACACUAAAAAGCAUUUUAACUUUUUCAUGUAAGAAGAACCUAAUAAUACUUUUUUUGACAAAUUUAUCUUAAGUAUACUUCAGGACUUAAAAUAUCUAUUUUUAACGUUCCUAGUAAAAGAACUAUAUUUUGCUGACAGUAGCAGAAUAAUUAUGUUUCUUCCAACAAAAUAGGGAUUUGUAGAUAUAUUUCUAAAUACUCACCUGCAAAUUUGUUUGUUUUGUACGAAUGACGUAGUCACAAGUUAAAACGCAUAUCUGAUGUGUGGAGAAAGCCUGUAAAACAAACUGAUCUUAUUUCACAUCAGUCACACUUUACUUAUUGUGCCUGCACAACGUCAGGCGCAAUAGUGUAUGAGAUUAACCGUUUGCAUUUUAUAUGAUUGCACAUUUUUAUGUUAUCACAAUUAUGUACAUCUUGGAAGUUACAUGUUUUUGUAUUUAUUCGUUAUGGAAAUUUCCGUUUAUUCAUGAUCUUCAAGUAUAGUCCCAUUCUAGUAAAAUAUCUAAUUACCAAAUAUAAUUGUGUUACUGUUAAAUUACAAUUAUUUAAAGAAAUCAUGUAGAUGUGUUUUGUUGUAAAACAUCCAUUUGUAAACAAAAUUGUAACCCAAGCAUUAUAUAUAACCAAGGAGUUUGAAACACUAAUACUAACUGGAAUCAUAAGAGAUGAACGAAAAUUUGUGUUAAAUGUGUAGGCGUGCCAAAUUACGCAUAGUUCUGCCAGUGAUUUUAACAGCCAGUUUUCUGUCACAGGAACACUUUUAAAUGUCCAGCAUCCUUCGUCAGAAUUCGGCCGUGUCUGUUGUAUUGCAGUCGUGUUUGAAAACAAUAUCCAUGUUCCUAUUGUAGUAAGUUAUGUAAUUUGCUACAUUUUAAAAAAGUCUCAUAUUUAAUAGUAUGGAUUACCAGUUAUAACUGGACUGCAUCCAUUCAAUUUUCAUAUGAAUGGAAACAUCAAGAAAACUUAUGUUUCCAUUUUGGUUUUGGGGAUAAUAUAGUUUAUAAUAUAUAUAUUGAAGAAAUGUGAAAACUUUUAAAUACAUUUACGAAUUCAGAAUUAAAGCUUUUAUUGUUUGAGUUGAUAUACGUAUUUCAGAAUUAUAAUUCUAUAGAGGUCUGGCCAUAAGUUGUUUUAAGAUGUUUCAAAGUUAUCGUAAUUUAGUAUAAAACACCCAUAAUAAAUUGGUAGUAUAUGAACACAUCAUCAUAGAAAAAUGUAUGGUAAUAGGAAACCUUAUUUUAACUGUCUUGAGUAGUUGUGAACUUAAUAGCAAUCGUUCUAUUUAAUAAUUGUUAAUGGUAAAAUAGCUCUAAGACCUAUAAUGAAAUAAAAUAUCAAUGCAUUGGAUUUUUAAGUGUGUUCUUCAUAUUUCAAAUAUAAAAUUGUUCAAAUUUGA